UUUAUAUGGGAAAGUAGGGGGUCGUGGCUGACCCAAUCGAGCCGUUGACGUCCAUUUCCUGCUGGGUCAGUGCGGGCCUAGAUAGCACCACCGUGGGCACGCUUUACACGGACUUCCCCAGGAAAAUACUCCAUCUCCAACUUCACUCGGACUUUCACCAGGACUUUUGGGUCCUCAGGGCCUACAAAGGGAUAACAUGGCGGCUCUAAACAGGGAACAAGAGCGCCAGCGCCUGACUAACAUCAUCCGACAGUGGAAUGCCAACAGACUCGACCUCUUCGAGCUCAGCGAGCCCAACGAGGACCUGGAGUUCCAUGGAGUUAUGCGUUUCUUCCACCAAGAUACAGACUCCAAGGAAAGAGUCACCACCAAGUGUAUCCGCGUAUCCAGCACGGCAACAACGGCUGCCGUUAUCGAGACUUUGGUGGAAAAAUUCCGCCCAGACAUGCGGAUGUUGACAACGCCUGUGUAUGGCCUGUAUGAAGUUCAUGCAAAUGGAGAGGAGCGCCGGUUAGACGACAACGAGAAGCCGCUAUUGGUGCAGCUGAACUGGAACAAGGAUGACCGGGAAGGGCGCUUCCUGCUCAAGAGGGAGGACAACCUCAAUGUUUCCGGUACGGGUGACUACUUCGAAGACAAGUCCGUCAUGCAGAACUUCAAGAGGAAACCCUCCAAGAAAGAGAAGAAAGAGGAGAAGAAGAAGAAAAAGAAAGAGGCUCUAGCUGCGAAGGGCAAGGAGAAUUCUCCUAAGGUAUCCCUUCCCAAGGAUGAUACCCCUACCUCUCCAGGAGGAGAAGAGUCAGCAGCGGAGAAACUGUACCAGGAGCUGCCGGAAUCCGGUUUCACACGCUCCAUCUCCAACCCAGAGGCCGUCAUGAGGAGGCGCCGCCAACAGAAACUAGAGAAGAAACUGCAGCAGUUCAUGAGCGGGCCAAGUUCAGGUGGCACCCUGAAAGUUUACGCUGAAACUAUCAAACCAGAGGUGCCCUACAAAACCCUUCUCCUCUCAACCAAUGACACGGCAGCGUUCGUGGUGAAGGAAUCCUUGGAGAAGUACGGUCUAGACAAGGAGGACCCCCUGGACUACUGCCUUGUACAGGUCCAGCUUCCCCCAGGAACCUCCACCUGGAGAAGGAUAGGCAACAACCUCAGCCCCAUCAGGGAGGUUCAGCUUCCACCAGGCAGUACCACUGUGACUGAGACAGGGGGAUGGGGCAGGGAGUUGAUACUAGAUGAUGAUGAUUGCCCCCUCCAGAUUCUAAUGGACUGGCCUGCACAGAAAGGCACACUCGCGUUCCAGCUAAAGAGACGUCCGUCUGAUGCCCACGGACAGAAGAGGAAGCCUAAGAAGUCAAAGAGCAGCAGCAAGUCCAGCGAGAGUGACAGUUACCAGGACAUGGGACCUGUGCCACAGGACAGGCUACCCUUCAUGGUGGAACUCAACCCUGAUGGUUCAGAAAUGCUGAAGCCCCGCCUGCACCGCCUGCAGCCGAAUGUCACUGAAGUUGGCAGUGAGAGGUCGUCGGCUACAAGCGGACAGUACCUUCAGUUGUUCUCUCCUAAUGUGAAACCACGCCACUGUGUCAUCGCCAACAUGGAGGGAGUCGUCACGGUUACCCCGACCAACCACGACGCAGAGACGUACGUCAACGGGCAGCGAAUCUACGAGACCACCAUGCUACAGCACAACUCGGUAGUCCGCUUUGGCAAGAUGCAUACCUUCCGCUUCUGUGAACCUGUGCCCGUUGAGAAAUCUCAAGGAGGAAGACCAGACGUGACCCAAUCUUCCCCAAGAAGGGGACCAACAGAACAGUCCAGCCCCAGCUCUGGCCAGGCCAACUUUGAGACAACGUUUGAUGUUGACGGCCACAUCGAGACUGUCUCCAGUCCUGUUAACAAGACACCUCCAAGAGGCCUACAGGAGAGGCCAGUUGAUGUCCCAAAUGAACACAUGCCUCCAGUCAGGUCCAACAUCCCCUUUGAGACGGUGCUGCCAGCAUCUAUAGAGUACAGAGACAGCACUGAAGAACAGCUGCUGUCGCAGGUGAUCAGUGAAGUCAAUGGAGCUGCUGUCCAGUUCAAGCUGGCCCCGACCUACACCCUGUACAUGGCGGCCAGGCAUCGGAUUGCCUCAGACGCCAGGAACGUCCAGACGGCUGCAGAGAGGCUGCACAGGCUGAACUCCAUGACUAUCAGAGUGGCCAGUAUGAUCAGCAGGACAAUUCAGGAGGGAAGUGCUAUUGCGGGAGUCUUGGCCUUCUGGAUGGCCAAUGCCUCGGAGUUGCUUCACUUUCUCAAGAUGGACAGGGAUACGUCUCGCCAGACACAGGAAGCACAGGGAAUUCUGGGGGAUGCCGUACAGAUGGCAUUCAGGUCAGCAUCUCUGUCAAUCACUUUCAUCUUUCCAGUGAAGCCGAGCGACGCUGACCAGGGGCGGUUCUGGAUGUUGGAGGCUGGCUGGAAACUUGGCAGCUUUCUAGACAUGCGUGACCUGCCCAUCUUUCUGAACUAUCACGCCUAUCACCCUAGCAACAGCCCUGGCUACCUCCCCAUAGCCCGUUCCGCCAGUUGUAGUCCAGCCGUCCCGAUCUUCUGCUGUCUCGGUCGAAGGAAACUGCGCUCCAAAUCUCGCGCCAAGUCAGAGCCCGUCCUGACUGUUCAGUCUGAAACGAUCCCUGCCGUCGCUAAGAGCUGCGAACAACUUACCUUAGAGACAGAUGAUGGUGACCACAGCGCCCACUCGUCAGAGCGCUCAUUCCGCACCAGCGCUAAGGAGAACCCAGCUCGGAUCAGUGGGCGAUGGCUGUCCCCCAACUCUGGUAUGAAGGGGGGCAAACCAAACAUAGGUGAUGUGUUGAACACCCUGUCUUCGGCCAUGUCUCUCCUACGACGUUGCCGAGUUAACGCAGCUCUGACCAUCCAGCUCUUCUCCCAACUCUUCCACUUCAUCAACAUGUGGCUCUUCAACAAGGUUGUGAUGGAACCCCACCUGGGCCUGUGUACCAGGAUGUGGGGGCUGAAGCUGAAGAGGCGCCUGGGUAGGGUGGAACUGUGGGCAGAGAAACAGGGCCUGGAGCUGGCAGCAGACUGUCACCUCUGUCGGGUCAUCCAGGCCGCACACCUUCUGCAGGCCCCCAAGCACUCAGCAGAAGACAUUGCCUCCAUCAGCAGCACCUGCUUCAAGCUGAACUCCAUGCAGCUGAGAGCACUGCUGGAACAGUACAGGCCAGACCCCAAUGAGCCCAGAAUACCACAGGAUCUGAUUGAAAGUGUGGUAUCUGUCGCUGAGAACACAGCGGAUGAGCUAACACGAAGCGACGGCGGUGACGUACGUCUGGAGGAGGAUUCUGACCUCCAGCUGCCGUUCCUUCUCCCAGAGGACGGGUACUCCUGCGACAUCGUCCGCGGGGUGCCCACAGGACUACAGGAGUUCCUGGACCCACUGGUGUCAGCUGGUCUUCUUCGGAUGAACAUCCACCCGAAUGCCCCCGGAGUGUGGACGAUCUACUUCACGCCCGAGGCCCAGGAGGCUGCACGGAACAUGGGCUCCCCGGGAGAACAGAUCCCCAAGGAGAAAUUACGCAGUGUUUCUCAACAGGUACAUCCCGAGGGACACCCUUCUUUUCAAGGCUCGGAACAGAGUCUGCACACCCCCGAAAGCCGCUACCCCCCCACUCCCAAGGGUGAGGCCGAGGUCAUCGAUGUGUCCUUCAGCAAGAACAGCUCUGGAAUGGGACUCAGCAUUGUCGCAGCAAAGGGUGCUGGACAGGAUCAGCUUGGAAUCUACGUGAAGUCGGUAGUUAAGGGCGGCGCAGCAGACUUGGACGGACGUCUGGCAGCUGGAGACCAGUUGCUGGAGGUUGACGGGCAUAACCUCGUGGGACUUUCUCAAGAAAGGGCUGCAGCGUUGAUGACACAGACUGGGCAGACUGUAAAUCUCAAGGUCGCCAAGCAAGGAGCAAUUUACCACGGUCUGGCCACACUGCUCAGUCAGCCUUCUCCAGUCAUGCAAAGCAGAGUGUCACGUCGCAGCCUCGGUCCCACUGCCCUCAGUCCGUCACAGGGGGGUGAUACCACCCCUUCCAAGACGCGCCCUAAGAGCGAAGAUAUUCUCGCACGCCAUACAAAUCAAGUCAGCACCCCACCCUGGCGAGAAAAAAUGGCACCCGAGGGGGAAGGUUCCGGCACGGUACAGAGGAGGGAGGAGUACCGCUCCUCCCCCCACCUCCACAACACCAAUAGUAAGUCUAAAUCUGUAUCAGACAUUGUCAGCGAUGCCGAGGCCAGGGGCAGGAGAGCUCGCAACGAGAUAGAGUCUGUCCGUGAGCAGAUAAAAGUCCGUAGAAUCAUUCGCAGGUCCCACUCGGCUUCCCAGAGCCGAAGCCGCUCCUCCUCCCUCUCCCGUCUCGUUAAUGAUUUAGAGAGUCGCGAUUGGAAGGCAAAGGAGGAGGCGGAUGUCUUGAAGGGCGCUCGGAGCCCCAGAAGCCCCCUCAGUCCCAGAAGCCCUAAAAGCCCCAGUCCUCGUGGAAAUAGGUCUUUUAACUGGCCACCUCCAAAACAGGAAGAUGUCCGUAAGUCUGACAAAUUAUCCAACGGUGUGCCUGACAUUGGGAAAGAAAAUUCGAAGACACGAUGGUCGAACGAAAUCAUGAUGAAUGGGGAUGUAUCAAACGGUGUAGUUCACCACAUAAAAAGGUCGGCCAUCACUCACAACGUGCGACCCUUUGGAAAGGAGAUCAAACGGUCCCGGUCUUGCUCAGAGCUUAAGGAAGAGUUUGAAAAAAAGGAGAAAGAAGCCAAGGAAGGAUUAGAUACCCUAAGGCUUAGCAUGAAAACCCAGGCCUCCCUAAGUACAACCGAGUUAGGCAGGAUUAGGAAGGCUGUGUCGAUCUCUGACUAUCAGAGCAAGGCAGAGGAGAGGGAUAAGCAAGCCAAGAGGGACGAGGAAAUGCUUAGCCAGAAAAGCCGUCGUCAUUCGGAAGGGUCGACUAAGUAUUAUGUAUCAGCAUACAGCCAGAUGUACGGCCAGGGCCGUCCUUCACCCCAGCAGCAAGGCGGUUACCGGCCGGCGGCGUCCAACCCCAACAUCCAGGCCCACCUGAAGCAGCCGCCGCGUGAGGCACCGCGCUCCCAGUCCACCUCCAACCUGGGCUACCCGCAGCAGGGUGAGCCCCGCAGGGUGGGAGAGAUGCGCCGUGGCCCGCCCCCACCCCAGAGGAGCCCCAACACCACCAGCAACUACGCCGACCCACGUGGGGACAGAUAUGGUGCCCCCGACCACCGUAGAGACUAUAUGAACGUAGACCCUAGAGAUAGGCACCCUGCUAAUGAUCAGGACAGGAAUUAUGUGGAGCAGAGGUACUUGCCUCCAGAGGCUAGGGAUAGGUACGCCCCUGUAGGGCACGCUAAGGAAAGGUACCCCCCUCAAGACCAGCAGGCACCGAGGUACAAUGUCACCUAUAGGGCUGAGCCCUACGGCACCAAACCAGGCUACUCUGACUCCCCUCCCCCUCCACCACCUCCCCCACCCCCAGAGAAUUACGACGGUGUCCCACCCGAUCUGCCGCCCCCUCCACCCGACCCUCGCUAUAACGACAGCCCCCCUCCACCACCCCCACCCCCGGCAGAGAUGAUCGGCCGGUACCCAGGCGGCCGACAGCAGAGUGAUUCUCCACGAGCCAAGCUUGCAGAAACCAUGCGUGCAGCACCAUACAAUCCAGAGCAACCCAGUCAGCUGAAGCUACGUCACACCGAUGGCCCACAACAGUACGGCUCUGAAGAGGAGAGGAGGUUCAUGGAGAUACAGGAGAUAGAAGUUGAUGCCGAGAAGCGGAAGCAGCGGAUGAAUGGCAACAAAAACUACACAUCCGAGGUGACCUACGUUCUUGAGAAGAGCGACACUCUCUCCCCGUCCCCAUGGGAGAGGGAGAAGAGGGUCUACAUCGAGAAGCAGAUCAACGAGCAGCUGAAACAGAUGCGAGAGCAGGAAAUCCAGGAGCUGGAAGGGAAGAACUACAGACGGCCCGAGGAAGAAGACAGGCUUCGCAAGCUGCGAAUGGAAGACCAGUUCCAGCGAAGGGCAGAAGAGGCGAGAAGGCGAAGCGAAGAGGAAGAGGAGGCAGCGUCAGAAAGUGACGAAGAGCCUCACCCCAAGCAGCUGGUCCGCGUUGUCGCAGAGGAGGCGGAAGCAGCAAAGCAGCGAAUCAUCGAGAAGGACCACCAGCGCAUGUACGAGGAGGAGCGUCGUGAGAUGGAGAGGAUUAAGGAGCAGGAGCAUCGUCUGCAGCAGCUGCAGGCUGAGCGGGACGAGCAGCGCCAGAGGCUGGGACAGAAGAUGGACAAACGGGAGCGGGAGCAGGAAGAGUGGCUGGAGAAGCAACGCCAGCUCCGCGAGCAACAGCGCAUCGAGCAGGACGAAUCCCGCAGACUCCAGGUGGAAGAGGAAGAGCAGAUGCGCCACAGGAAACAGGAAGAGAUCCGCAUCAAGCGGGAGCAAGAUCAGCAAGCUUUACGACAGAUCCAGGCACAGAGAGAGUCCGAGGAGAAGGCAUACCGCGAGGCGGAGAGGAAACGAAGAGAAGCAGAAUACCUCACCAAACGUCAGAGGGAGCGGGAAAGGGAGCGCCUGAGGCAAGAACGACAGGAACGGGAGCGCCUACUUCUCGAAAGAAAGCUUACGUCCGAAACGCUGAUCUACAAGAAGAGGGAUUCAGCAUCUGAUCAGAGUUCGGACGCAUCCUCUCCCACUGCCAGGGAGCACCCUGGUGUCCAGUCCACCCGAGUCAACGCCUACCAAAUCCCACCACCAGAGAAGACGUACAUCGCCCCACCCGCUCCCCCUCAGCGGAAGUCUUCCUACGAGUCCCUGCGUGACUCGGACAGGUACAACGACAACUCAUCCCGACCAUACAACAACUACAAUGACUACGACCAAGAGAGGAAACCAUCGCCUCCUUCCAAACCAUCAUACGACGCUCUCCAUCCCCCCUCCUCCACUGCCUCGUACCAUUCCAGUGCCUCCUCCUCUUCAUCCCCCUCUCAUAAACCUGACGACUUUUCAUCUCCAGCCAACUCCCAAGGUCUAAACACGUACAACACAAGCGUGGCCGGUACUACCCCUGGUAUCAUUGGUGCGCAGGAGGUUUAUCGGGAUCCGGUGAUGCGGAAGAAAGCGGAAAAGAAGGCUCAGGCUAUGGAGGCGGCAAAGAAAAAACCCGGUCCCGAGAAACUUUCCUUCAAAGACCGCAUGAAAAUGUUUGACCAGGGGCAGACCAUUGAGAAGCCACGCACGUCAAAAUGGCUAAAAGAACAUGCACCAGAAACAGUUGGUUAGCAGGGGUAGCAUUAGGACCAGUGUAGUGGACAAAAAGCCUUUCUUGUAGCAAUGGAAUAAAGGAUAACUAACAGCAAAUUUAGGGGAAAAGUAAUAUUGUGGAAUAGUGUGAUGGGAAACUUUAUCCCACAAUGAUAAUAGUCUACAAACACUUGUAUUAGCCUGGAAACUACAUACUCUCACUCACUUCUUGCAUAACAAGAUGAUUUGUGCGUAGGAGAAGAAAUGAAAAUUGAUUCAAAAUUUAAAGACCUCUCUAAUCAUGCAUCCAGAACUAUUCAUAUUUAGAUGAGUGCUUUUCUGAAUGUGGAUGUUCAUAAUAUAGAUUGAAUGAUUUUUGAAUGAAGUUAGUUUUUCUAUCACAGUGUAGAUUUAGCUGUAGAAACUGAAAAAUUUGCCGAAUUUUUGUACUUUUUACUCCCUGUACAGAAUUUUAUACCUUAAGAGUUGACUGGAGUUGCAGAGUCCUGAAUUUCUGGGUGCUCAGAAAGAGAGUUAAAGAAACCAGCAGGCAGUGUUCCCAUCAAGACUUGUGAAUUUCUUAGGAAGGCAUGGUGGUGGCAAAAGCAGAGUACCUCAGACUGUUCCAAGUGUGCCAAAAGUCUUGCCUGCUCUAAACUUGGUCUUGAGAAGGGUGCCUCGGGGGUUGGCGGUAUCAUGAGUGGAGCUUUGUACAUGUACGCAAUGAGAGAUGGCUCAUCGUAAGGGGCAGCCAUUUUGGAUACUGAAACAAAUGUUAGACUAUAUGUAUGUGUGUAUCAGGAUUGUAUUUCAUGUUAGGAUGCUAUUUUUUGCCAUUUCAAAAGAACACACUGUUACUGAUGAUAAUUAGAAAGUAAAGAGUAGGAGAGAAAUUGUACGGAUUGCAUGGAGAUACUUAUUUUACUGUGAAAUACCGAGAGGUCCAAGUUUCUUAGCCUGUAGUUUGUAGCACUAACACAUCAUAGCCCUGAAACUCAACUGUAUUAUUGUAGACAAGACAGCGAAACUUGGUACCAUUCUCGUUAGUAAGUUUGAAUCUAACACUAUUCAUUAAGAUGUUAAUUUUGGAUUGAGUACAGAUUUUGCGGUAGAUGAAAUUGUGAAAUUUCAUGUAAUGGAAGCAUAGAAGGUGUGAUCUUAAGGAUAAGGUUCAGUGGUCAAUAGUAGUGAACUAAUUAAUUCUCCUGCUGUGGUACUAUAAGAUCAUUUAGAUCUCUAAGGAAGCACGCCACUGAGGACAGCAGUGAAGUUUGAACUCUUGAUGGCUUUUACAGAUUUUUUGUUAUUUCUUUUUAGAGAUUUUGAACGUACGCAACAGAAGAGUUUUUUCUGUACAGUGUCCUUUGCUCUGUGGUUAACAUGCAAGUCACUAUGUGUGUCUUGGAUACCACUUGCAUCUUCUCUUUAUCAUGUAUAUAUCACUUCAGCAUUUGCUUGUAUGUACACAUUACUAUGUAACUAUCACAGACAAGCUAGUCAUUGGUUUUACAAAAUGUAUUUCCCUUUCCUAUUCAGAUAUGUCUAACAUCCAUGCAGAAUGUACCCAUAUACAUGUAUGUAUGCAGACUUGUUUUACUCGUAUCAUCAUGUAGCAAAACCUCUCCUUUUUUUCUGGAUAUCCAUAACAACAUUUCUCUCUUGUAAUAAAUCCAUUGACAUAACA